AUGGUAUCUUAUAGUGGUUUAGGAAUUGGGUUGAGUUUUGUGUUUGGUUUUAUUCUAAUGGGGCUUGUGGCAGCACUGUACCAUUCGGUAUGGCGGAAGAAGAGAGUAACAGCAAGCAGAGGAGAAAUUCAAUGUUUUCCUUGUCUGUUUUGUUGGAAGAUGAAGCACAAUUCUGUACACAACAGUCAAGAACGGACCAAUUCACUGAAAACCCAAGAAGAAUCUAGAGAUGUGCAUGAACAAAUGGACUUGGAAUUGGGAUCAAGCAAGGAUUUGUUAGUGAAUGGCUAUGGUGAACAAGGGGUGGAAACUGAACUGAUGAGGCUGCAUAAUCUUUGUGGGCUGGGACCCCCAAGAUUUCUCUUCACAAUUAAGGAAGAAAGCGAGAAGGAUUUGGAGUCUGAUGAUGGGAAAUCAAAGGGUGAUAACAAUAGCAGAAAACAAUCAAGAAAAACAACUUUGAGUGAUCUUUUUACUGGUGUAGAUGGAACUGACACACCAUAUUCAACACCUAGUUCUUCACCUUCAAUCAGGGCUUGUGAUUCUUGUUAUGACCAUGGAUUGAGAUCAUUGUCAGAGGCAGAACUUAAUAGAUUGAGAUGUCACCCUCCUCCAAAGUUGAAGUUCUUGAAAGAUGCUGAGGAAAAGUUGUUAAUGGAAGAAGCUGAGAAUAAAAGGGGAGGAUAG